UCACAAAGCGGUGCGGGGCAUUGCCGAAAUGUCUAAAGAGUCUUGUCGCGUUGCCAGGUUGGAUAGGAAUCGGUCUAUUGUGUGGUCUACUGAUGCAUUUUCGACAGUGGUUUAAUGAUAAAGGCGCUUUCAUUCACCACUAAUUAUAUAUUGGCAGACUACUGAAUCAUUUGGAGUAAUUAACGAGGCAUUUUUAAAGGGGGUUUAAAAGAAAAAAAUACCAGCGCCAUUCCUCUUAUUCUGGCGAUUCAAACUUGCAAAAGCCAGAACCCACAGUGGUAAAAUUGAAUAUCUCGUAUUACUCGUAAUUAUUAUGUAAACAUAUAUAGUUGAAUUGACUUUGUUAUAAUUUGGUAACCUUUUUUGCCGUGCUCCAUCUUCUUAUUUGGUCCCUUCGAUCUGCGUUCAACAAUUGUUCGUAAUUUCCAUGAAUCUAGGGGAGUCAAGAGGUAAAACCUGGCAACCCCGAUCAAAUCGGCUGAGCCACACGACAACUGCUAGCAGCUAGCUACCUCUACGUGUUCGUUUGCACAGUCAACAAAACAGCGGCGUUAAAUCUACAGUGUGCUUCAGAAUUAUGUCGUGUUUAUCAUCUGACGGAAGAAGUAUUCAAGGAUGUCAAAUGUAUACCACAGAAUGUUCACUGAGUUGGAAAGUGCUGAGCGUCAGAAGGCUGUGCAACAGACAACAAAAACAGAACGUGGAAUAGAGGACACCAAUUUUUCCCAUGAAGAGAAUGCAAGUGACGACGACUCUGACGACUUGGCCAGAACAGGCUCCCCAGUUCAUCACAGAAAAAAACACAGCAUGGAGUCAUCCAGAUCUCCCAGAAGCUCCAAACACCACCAUUCACGGUCAAGGUCACGCUCCAGGGACCGAAAACGUGACAGAAAAUACAGACGGAGUCGCAGCAGGAGCAAAGAGAGACAACUUCUUCUUAAAACAGGCACGAAAGAGGGACUCUGAGAAGCCAUCAAAAUCACACAGAAAAACAGAUGAGCAGCAAGAGCAUGAGAGACUUUCAGCAGAGAAUGGAGAGGAGCGAUCCAGGCGCAAAGACAGGAGGCCCUCCAAGGGCCGGAGCUUGUCCAGGUCACACUCACGAGAGAGGCGGCAUCACAGCAGAAGUAGGGAUAAACGGCGAUCACGGUCACGCAGCCGGGACAGGAAGAAGAAGGCUAGGUCUCGCUCAGGUUCAAAGACCAAACACCGUCAUCAUAGCAGAAGUCGCAGUAAGAGCAGGGAGCGAAAAAAAAGAAGUGAGAAAGUGCGCAGAAAGAGUCAAAGCAGGUCUGUUAAUCCACCUGCCUUCCGGGGACGAAACACAGCUAUGGAUGCACAAGAGGCCCUGGCUAGAAGGCUGGAGAGAGCCAAGAAACUCCAAGAGCAGAAGGAGAAGGAAAUGUUCGAGAAACAGCAGCAGCAACAGCAGGAGAUAGCCGCAGCCGCUCCUAUCGCUGCAGCUGCUGCUGCUGCUGCAGCAGCUGCCUCAAACCCUGCCCUCAAUGUGGCAGCCCUCCUGGCCUCUGGGACGCAGGUCACACCUCAGAUUGCCAUGGCGGCACAGAUGGCAGCCCUUCAAGCAAAAACUUUGGCAGAGACUGGUAUUGCUGUGCCCAGCUACUACAACCCAUCUGCUGUUAACCCCAUGAAAUUUGCAGAGCAGGAGAAAAAGAGAAAAAUGCUAUGGCAGGGAAAGAAGGAUGGAGACAAAUCCCAGACAGCUGAGUUGUGGGAGAAGCUCAACUUUGGAAACAAGGACCAAAAUGUUAAAUUCCGCAAACUAAUGGGUAUUAAAGGAGAGGAAGAUACCGAAGUUUCCAAACCACUUAACGAUGACGGCUUGAAGACUCUUCAAAAACAGGAGGAGAUGUUUAGGAACCUUGACGUUCAGUAUGAGAUGGCUCGGUCUCAGACACACACCCAGAGGGGAAUGGGCCUUGGGUUCUCCUCCUCAUUCUCACGUGGAAUGGAUUCUAUCUAGUGCCAAACCUGACUGUCAGUGCCAGUCACCUGAUCAUAUAGGACUACCAAUUCAUCGCUAGCCCUCAAGCUUGCAUGGAUGUUGCUCUCAAUCUGUAAUUUAUUUAUAGACAAAUAUCUCACUUAUUGGAACAUUAUUAUGUAAAUAACCAGAUACUGAGUUUGUCUCAGUGUUGAUUAAUCUGUACAUCUUUGGAAAAGGAAGUGUCAGUUUGACUGGUUAAUGCUGGUUAAAAUUAGAUAUUUGUUUUGAAUAAUGUGAUAGCUUUUUUUUUUUUUUUUUUUUAAA